ACAAAGGGUGUGAGAAGGUGGGGGAGGGGGGGAAGAGAGAAAAUACAAUUUAUUUGAGCCAUGGCAGCCUUGAUAUAAUCAUGGGCUUUUUGUCCAAAUUUGAGACACGAUCAUGGUAUUUUUGAAUUUUCAUCUCUUCAAGAGAUUCGUACACUGUUUCUCAAAAGAAAUGGUUAUGACUCCCACUAGUGUAGUAGUAGUAGCAAGACUGAGGAGAAGAUAUGGAGAAGAUAUUACAGAAAUGCAACUAGUAAGACAAGCUCCUGCCUCCCCUUCUGCCCAAACUUCAGAAUGUCUCUGAAUUCCCCUGACAAUCAAAUCAGAGAAGACCAGCCAGGAGAGACCUUGGAUGAGAAUCUGGGGCCUGUGGCAGCAGCUGAAGAUCGACCUUGCCUAAAUGAGCACAACCACAUCUUCCACUUUGAUGGCUCGCAAUUUGCUCGAUGGCUGCCCAGUUUUUCAGUGGAACUGAUGCAUACCACCAAGAUCCUUGGCAUUACUGAAGCAUGCAAUUCCCAGCUUCAUGCAAUGGCGCGGCAGAUUCAAGAAAUGUUUCCCGAGGUUCCAUACGAUCUGGUUCUACAGGAUUUACAACUGACACACUCGGUUGAAACAACAACAGACAAUAUUUUAGACGGACGAAUUCAAGUACCUUUCCCUGCACAGGCUGAGCGUGGGCCCCUUGACCUCGGUCCCAGGUUGGGAGAGAUGUCAGACGUCCAGGAAUUGGAAGCUGAGCCCAAUGAGGUAAAGGACUUUAAAGCUGGAGGGACCUGGUUCGCUAAGUCAGCUGAUGAACGCCAACGGAUGUUAGCACAGCGGAAGGAUGACCUGCUGCAGCAAGCUAGGAAAUGUUAUUUAAACAAAGCCUGUAACGAUGACCCAGCCUCAGAGAAUCAAGUGCUCUCCCAGAGUUCAUUCUCUGAUCCUGUGACCCAACACUGAAGAAUGUAGGCUGCUGCUGCUCAACGAAGACUUUAGAUGCAGCAGAACUCCAAGCAUUAGCUUCUGUCCUCUUGCCCUUCUUCAUAAGAAGUGUGUUGACUUGCUGUACUUCAUCCCGGCAGGAAGAGACCUUUCCUGUUUGACUGCAUUGCUGCUGUAUAAAGCACAUAGUCUUACUAGUGUUUGGACAGCUGACACAUUUAAUCUUUUUUUUGGUAAUAUUUGGUAAUAUUUUGGGGGAGUAAUAUUGCUUCCCCAGUUCCCUUGCCCACUCUCAAAAAAAAAAAAGCCAAUUUUAAUUUUAGACAUUAUUAUCUCUGAUGGCGCUGACUCAACUGCCAAUUUGAGUUGGAGUGGCCAAAGUUGGUCUGAGAGGGCAGCCAGAGGCGCAGUAGCAGGCAACUUAAAUUACCCGCUUUAUUCAUAGACCACUGAGGGUACUGGUGUCUUAGCUCAAAAUCUGGCAAGGGACAUAUACAAAACAAUCCAGAGAAUGCUUACUAGAUCAGCUAGCAAGCCUCUACUUACCACAGAGGCAUUCUUUAUGUUAUGAAAGCCACCUCUACAGCAGUUCUGCCUCAGGAAAGUUGGGGAGCAUAUGGGGACUGAUUCUUAGUGUGGCAGCAGAAAUGAAGGGUAGUUUGGCUACUUGACUAAAAGAUGAAAAUAAAUAGUCUGCUUUUUGCAGGAUAGUAACGUCCAAGUUGGCUCAGCUCAUCAGUUGUUUAACUUUUAUGCACCUCCUUGCCCUAAGCUGGUUUUAUUUCCAUUCACUCUGGUACAAUGUCCCUUGUGCACACAUCCAUGUAUCCUUUCAUUUUCCCUCUGUGUUUCAUUACCACCUCUAGAUGGUGGAAAGGUCAGCAUUAAAAUGUUAAAUAAUGAA